AUGAAAGACGUCGAGUUUAAUUUCAAUAAUGAAUGUUUAGAAGCCUUUGAAGUACUAAAGACAACCCUCAUAUUUGCACCUAUAAUGCAACCACCCGACUGGAAUUUCCCAUUUGAAAUUAUGUGCGAUGCAAGUGACUAUGCCGUAGGAGCAGUGUUAGGCCAAAGGAAAAAUAAGAAACUCCACGCAAUAUACUACGUAAGUAGGACCCUAGACCCUGCGCAAAUGAAUUACGCCACAACCGAAAAGGAACUCUCGGCCGUGGUCUUCGCGUUAGAUAAGUUUCGUUCCUAUCUGAUAGGAGCAAAGAUAAUAGUUUACACCGACCACACAGCCAUUAGGUGGAUCCUACUGUUACAAGAAUUUGAUUUGGAAAUCAAAGAUAAAAAGGGAGCCAAAAACGUAGUAGCUGACCAUUUAUCUAGGAUUGAAGGUAUUAAACCUGAAGAAACACCAAUCAACGAUGAUUUCCCUUAUGAACGCUUAAUAGCACAAUUAGAAUCCAAAAGAGACACAUUGGAACAACCUAAAGCGCAAAUCGAAGCCGUUAAGAUGCUAAGCACCGGAACCACACUGCCAUGGUAUUCUGAUUUUGUCAAUUACUUAGCGGCGAGAGUGCUUCUGCCUGACAUGACUUAUCAACAAAAGAAGAAGUUCUCCCAUGAUCUUAAACAAUAUUAUUGGGAUGAACCUUUGCUGUUUAAGAGAGGCGCCGAUGGGAUAUUUCGCCGAUGUGUUCCGGAAGAAGAAAUAGAGAGUAUAAUACAUCAUUGCCAUGAUACCCCCUAUGGUGGGCAUGCAAGCACAUCAAAUAUGCGAGAUGAGAUGCCUCAAAAGGGAAUUUUAGAAGUAGAAAUAUUUGAUGUGUGGGGAAUCGAUUUUAUGGGACCCUUCCCACCUUCUUUUGGAAACAACUACAUACUUGUCGCAGUCGAUUACGUGUCUAAAUGGAUAGAAGCUGUAGCCUCACCAACAAACGAUGCACAAGUAAGUCGACACCGUGUAGCAACACCUUACCACCCACAAACGAGUGGACAAGUUGAAGUCUCGAAUAGACAAAUUAAGCAGAUACUUGAAAGGACUGUUGCCACAUCUAGGAAAGAUUGGUCAACUAAGUUACACGAAGCAUUGUGGGCAUAUAGAACCGCCUAUAAGACACCUAUAGGAACCACGCCUUUCAAAUUAGUGUACGGUAAAUCUUGUCAUUUACCGGUAGAACUAGAGCAUAAAGCCUACUGGGCCAUAAAAACCUUAAACUUAAGCUACACUGCCGCAGGCAAAAGGAGUCUAUUAGAUAUUAACGAGUUGGAAGAAAUUAGAUUAGAUGCCUACGAGAAUGCUAGGAUUUAUAAAGAAAGAACAAAGAAGUGGCACGAUAAGCGCAUCUCUAGGAAGGAAUUUAAUGAAGGAUAUGUGGUGCUAUUGUUCAAUUCUCGACUUAAGCUUUUUCCAGGAAAACUUCGUUAA